GGAGGGGUUUGCAGUGGAAAGCAUAUAGCGUCGCAGCUCCUCGCCCACCUGGCAAUACUCACUCACUCGGACCGCAUUGUAGGACGCCGUGAGAAGCUACUGACGAAACUAAAGCCAACUGCACGUUUCUUUUCUUUUAAAGGAAAUCCCACUAAGAAGCAACAAUGCGUGAAUGCAUCUCUAUCCACGUAGGACAGGCCGGUGUCCAGAUGGGCAACACCUGCUGGGAGCUCUACUGUUUGGAACAUGGAAUCCAGCCGGACGGCAAGAUGCCUGAAGUGAAGGCCAUCGGAGGCCAUGAUGACUCCUUCACCACCUUCUUCAGCGACACUGGGUCUGGGAAGUACGUCCCCAGAGCCAUCUUUGUGGACCUGGAACCAACUGUCAUUGAUGAGGUGCGUACAGGAAUGUACCGUCAGCUAUUUCACCCGGAACAGCUGAUCUCCGGAAAGGAAGAUGCAGCCAACAACUACGCCCGUGGACACUACACCAUCGGCAAGGAGAUCAUUGACUCUGUCCUGGACAGAAUCCGCAAACUGGCUGAUCAGUGCACGGGUCUCCAAGGCUUCCUGGUCUUCCACUCCUUUGGUGGAGGCACAGGCUCUGGUUUCACCUCCCUGCUCAUGGAGAGACUCUCCGUUGACUUUGGAAAGAAGUCCAAGCUUGAGUUUGCCAUCUACCCGGCCCCCCAGGUUUCCACAGCUGUGGUUGAGCCUUACAACUCCAUCCUGACCACCCACACCACCCUGGAGCACUCCGACUGUGCCUUCAUGGUAGACAACGAGGCCAUCUACGACAUCUGCCGCAGAAACCUAGAUAUUGAACGCCCGUCUUACACCAACCUGAACAGGCUCAUCAGCCAGAUUGUGUCUUCAAUCACAGCCUCGCUUCGCUUCGAUGGAGCCCUGAAUGUCGACCUCACGGAGUUCCAGACCAACUUGGUGCCCUACCCUCGUAUCCACUUCCCUCUGGCCACCUAUGCUCCAGUCAUCUCUGCAGAGAAAGCCUACCAUGAGCAGCUGUCCGUAGCUGAGAUUACAAACUCUUGCUUUGAGCCAGCCAAUCAGAUGGUGAAGUGUGAUCCUCGUCAUGGUAAAUACAUGGCCUGCUGUCUGCUGUAUCGCGGUGAUGUGGUGCCCAAAGAUGUCAACACAGCCAUUGCUGCCAUCAAGACCAAACGCUCCAUUCAGUUUGUGGACUGGUGCCCCACAGGCUUCAAGGUGGGCAUCAACUAUCAGCCUCCAACAGUGGUCCCCGGUGGAGACCUGGCCAAGGUGCAGAGGGCUGUGUGCAUGCUGAGCAACACCACAGCCAUCGCUGAGGCCUGGGCCCGUCUCGACCACAAGUUUGACCUCAUGUACGCCAAAAGAGCCUUUGUCCACUGGUAUGUUGGGGAGGGCAUGGAGGAGGGAGAGUUCUCCGAGGCCAGAGAAGAUAUGGCUGCCCUGGAGAAGGAUUAUGAAGAGGUUGGGAUCGAUUCCUUUGAGGAGGAUGAGGAAGGAGAGGAAUAUUAAAUGGGCUAAGCUUGCAUUUGCCAGUUAUUUUUCCAUUAUUCUCUUAAGAUAAUAUGAAAGAAAUACAACACAUUCUGCAUGUUUGUUUUUAAUUCAGAAAUAUGCAUUGGUUUUUAUUUUAAAAUUCAACUUUCUUAUCAAUAAACUUCUUUGUUGUGCCAUCAAAUGCUGUGUGCUUUGUGUCAAUCUGUUUUAUUAAUUUGUUUUAUCAAAAACUCAGAACAAUGUUGAAUUACCCAAUUUGUUUGAAACGUGUUGUUGCUAUAAAUCUUUCCCCAAAAUAU